GUUCAGCCCCACAAUUUAAAUGCCUUAUGAGUGACCUUGGGGCUAGUGACCCAUCGGAUAGGUCCUGGAACCGUUCCGUUAAGGAUGGAAGCAGUAGCGGAUUGUCAGACUGUGUGGUUUCAUCAAAGAGCAAGACAAUUACCGUUUGCAUUUUUAUUCUCAUAAAUGUUUUGAAUUACAUGGACAGAUUUACAAUCGCUGGUAAUACUGGCUUAAACUCAAUAUUACUUUUAAUCAGGGAUUCCCGAGAAUGUGAAAAGCUACUACAAAAUAAACGACUCAAAACUAGGCCAGCUGCAGACCAUGUUUUUUUUAUUCUACACUAUUCUUAGUCCUAUUGCUGGUUAUCUUGGUGAUCGUUGGAAAAGAAAACGAAUCAUGCAGAUUGGUCUGUCGAUUUGGAUAAUCGUUACAUUGGCGAGUUCUUUUGUUCCUGCUCAUGUACGAUGACAAAGUUAUAAUGCUUUUAGCUAUUCAGCUUAUUUUUAGCCACUCGCUGUUUUGUUGGCAUCGGUGAAGCCAGCUAUUCCACAUUGGCCCCAACAAUCCUAUCUGAUUUGUUUAUGGGGAAUGCAAGAACCAAAGUUUUAGGUCUCUUCUACUUUGCAGCACCUGUUGGAAGCGGACUAGGUUUCAUAGUUGGUUCAGAAAUAACUCGGCUGACAGGAUCUUGGCAAUGGUCUUUACGAAUUACACCGAUUUUGGGCCUACUUUGUAUAAUUCUACUGAGUGUUUUGCAUUCAGAUCCACCUCGUGGUGAAGCAGAAGGUGGUUCACACAUGCGAACCACUUCGUGGUGGCUAGAUAUAAAGUCCCUACUAUCUAAUCAAGCAUUUAUGUUCAUUAGCUGUGGAUAUACAUGUGUCUGUUUUGUUUUGGGUUCACUUUCUUGGUUCGCGAUUGAUCUAAUCCAGUCAGCAUUAAAUGCAAUAAACGAUGAUCCUUCUGCCUGGAGGAAUUACAAUAUUCCCAUUGUUGUUGGAGCUUCAACAUGUGUUGCGGGUAUUUUUGGAGUGUUAUCUGGUGCAAAACUAGGUCGUUAUUUACGUCGAUGGAUUCCUACGGCAGAUGCUUAUGUUUGUUCUGCAAGUCUUUUUAUAUGUGCUCCAUUCUUAUUCUUUGCUCUGGUGUCUCCAUCCUGGAAUUUCUAUGUAUGCAUUGUUCUUGUUUUCAUCGUCGAAUUUCUUCUAUGCAUCACAUGGGCACUUGUGACUGAUAUGACUAUGGGAGUAGUUAUUCCUACUCGCCGUUCGACAGCAUCUGCUCUUCAAAUGGUUAUGAGUCAUGCAUUAGGAGAUGCCAUCAGUCCGGCUAUUGUUGGUCGGAUUGCAGUAGCUUUUACAGAUCUGCAUUCAUUAGAAACACAAUAUUUAGGCUUACAAAGAGCAUUAUUUCUUACUGCGUUUGUUUGUGCUCUAGGUGGUUUCUUAUUUCUUAUAGUUACUUUAUAUUUGGUUAAAGCUAAGAAUGAUGUUCAUAGAGCUAUUCAAGCUUCUCAACACGACAUGGUUGCUGUAAUAAGUGGACAAGAAAUUGAGGUUCCUGCGACCCCAUCAUCUAUUCAUAGUGAAGUGUUCACCUGAUCAAAUAUAUUCGUCAUAUAUAUAUACAUUGAAAGGUCAGCAUUUGUUUUGCUUGUAGUUACAUCUGUUUACUCUGAAUAUAUUAUCUAUGCUUGUCCAUCUAUCUAUCUAUGUUAUCAUGGAAGUAGAUUUUGUGUCUUGUUGAACUCAUAUUUUUAUUGUUAAGUUUGUGAAUUACUUGUUCUCUUUUUCUAAGUAUCAUUAUUAUUUUUUAUUCUCUUUACUAUCAAUACAGAAAUUGUACUGUUCUUUGUAUAUUCAAUUUAAUCAUACUUAAAUGAUUAAAUCAUCAUUGUAUUUGUAAUUGGCUAAUUUCAACAGUUUUUGAACAUAAGAUAUCAGUCAACCAUUUUUGUGUAAAAUAUUCGAUUUUAGAAGGGGUUUAUUCUCUGUAUGUUUUCAUUUCACUUACAUUUCAUAAAUAAUUUUAAUAUGUGAACUAUUGGGUUUAUCAAAUCACAAUAAUUAUUUUAUAGAAUG